AUGGACGGCCCUGACCUUGAUGAGCCUUUAGAAUCAAGAAUACUGCUAAAUGCUAACAAGGACUCAAUACUCAAUGAGAUUGAGGUUAAACACCAGCAGCUUUUACAAACCCAGCAGACGCGUUAUGCAAAGAGCCUACUGUCUCAGAAUUUGCAUACGCCAGUCAAACUAUCAAACGUUAUAGUCCAAAAUGCUGAAUGUGUACGCUCCACGGUUUUACAAAACUACCUAGACCAUACUAUAGGCAAAGCUACUACUUUUCAAGAGCUAUGUCAACAAUCUGAUAUCUUGAACAUGAAGCUCAUCUCGAAUGGGCUGGUCGAAAACUGCAUCCAGACAAUCGAUAGCAGAGGUGUGCUGCACUACAAUUUAGAAAACUCAAUUCUUUCACCAAGCUACGCGAUGCCGCAUGGGCCAAAUCAAAACAUAUCAGUUGUUGACAUUGUGUCCAUUCUUAAGCUUCAACCGCUAAAAAAGUUCACAGCCAAGACUGGAACGAAUAUUGGAAAUGGUGAAGGGGAUGGUUAUCUUCAAUUUCAAUGGCGUAACGCACUAGGCGGUGGCGAGAAGUUUACGUUUGAUGCCACCAAAGGGACAAAAACGCAUUCAUCGUACCUCAUUGAUUAUCAACAGCCUAUCUCACCCUGGUGGUCCUGGGACUCUGCACUCUACAAAAACUCUAGGGAGCUUGGGAGCUCUGAGCUCUUUUUAAGAGGUCUACGAGGCUCUUUAAGAUCUUCUUUUGAAAAGCAUUCUAGUGUUAACCACGAACUACAAUUAGAAAGUGUUUGGCGUACCACUAGAGCGACCACAAGCCGUAGCUCUAACUCUUUACUAGCAGAAUGUGGCGACGAUUUGAAAAAUGUUUUGGGAUAUUCUUUAUUCUGGGAUUCGCGUGAUAGACCCAUUUUUCCAUUUUCAGGAACUUUCCUUAAGGUGUCGAACGAAGUGGCACUUAGCAGAUUCUUGAAAUCCAGUUUUGAAGCUUCAAAGGUUAAAAGUUGGAAGGAGAAUAAUUUUAUCACGGCAAGUGCUACAGUGAAGGGCGGUUACAUCAACAAUCUUCACCCCACGACAAAACCGCUUCAUAUCAGCGACAAAUUUCAUAGUGGUGGUAGCAACGAUGUCCGCAGCUUUCAGUUAAUGGGACUGGGUCCGAAAGAUCUUUAUGAUUCUCUCGGUGGUGAUGCGUUUAUCUCUUAUGGACUAAGUGUCUUUAGUCGGCUUCCGAUAAAACGCUGGUCUGAAUCUAACUUUAGACUGCAUGCCUUUUUUAAUGGCGGGAGACUAAUAAAUUCCAAUGGCUGUAAUGUGAGUUCCUGCCUGAGAUCAUUAUCACAAGAGCAUUCCACAUCAACAGGUUUUGGUAUCGUAUUUGGCCAUCCCUUGGCAAGGUUCGAACUAAACUUCACUCUUCCACUCACAGCUCACACCGGUGACUCUGUAAGAAAGGGUUUCCAAUAUGGAAUUGGUUUGUCAUUUCUAUAA